AAUCAAGAAAAGAAUAAGACACUUUCAAAAUGGAAAGUUUCAGUGCCGAGGAAUCUCCCUUUCCUCAAUAAUAGGGUUUCCUGAUGUCCUUCAAGGAUCAAGAACGGGGCUGGGCACAUGAUGUGUCCGAAGGAAGGAAUGGAUUGAAUUGAACUCCUGCAGAACGUGGACUCUUUGGAGGCACUGAAUUUGGUCUCUGGGUAUAUACUUGCCUCGGACUGGCCCACUGAGUGGUGAAAAGCAAUGGACCAAAAGAGAUACGCCAAGUUUCAACAAAGCAAAUCAAGCCUUCCAAGAACCAUCUCCGUUAAACUUGAGAAAGCAACAGUGGUUGAUAAUGAUGAGAUUUGUGAUCCCGUUGGGCCAUCAAAAUUUGUUCUGAAGAACCUUCAGCUUUACACGGUCCAUCCAAAUUUGGCGAAGUACUAUGAGCCUUUGAAGCCCACCGCCGUGCAGAAAUUCCUGGCUCGAAAUGGGAAAAUCAGAAGCUUCAUGUUGAAAGUAGCAGAGUAUGAUCAGGAUAAGACCUUACUGAUUAUGACCAACAACCCACUUCCCUGCCCAAUUGACCAGGAAGGAAAGGACAUGGCCCCAAAAUACUUCUCCAAGGAGUUUCUGCUCAAGGAAGGUCAUCGGCACAAGCCCGCUGAGAACUUCUGCCUACCCUUGAUGUCUCAGGAAAAAAAGUUACGAUCUGGGCUGAAACCACCCUUUCCUAUGACCCUGUCAGAGGAUCCUACAUCCAAGCGAGAACAGUGGUUUAGGUUUUCCACCGACCAUGAUUUCAAGAGCGAAGGGAAGUAUUUAAAGGUCUAUGCUUUGAGGAAACAGAAACAAAUGUAUCCCCAGCUCAACUUUUCUUCAGUCUGUAAAAGAGAUAUGAGGAAAGAUGUCGCCAAGUCAGGGAGUGACCCGCCGACUUCCAAGAUGAUUUGGGAACCACUAACCCUUUCUUCGCUCCUGGAAGAGAAACCCAUCAGAACUGUGCCAGGGGGGAGCAUGUUCCGCAAUGGAAGGGCCCAGCAGUGGGUUAUCAAAAACGCCACUGUCGUCAAGUGAAAACAAACCCUCCGGGCCUCCCGCCUCGGUCUCCAGAGACUAAGGGGACUGCAGAAGUCACUUCCCAGGGCGUGCCAACCUAAUAAAGUCGCAUUCUGCCCGCUCCGGGUCAGGGCCAGCCCCCAGCUCCAACCUGUCGCUGCUGGGGCCCGGACGCAGCCCAGGGGCCCCAGCCCCCGGCCCCGCCU